CGUUCGCUGUCCGUUUACCGUUCCGCUCAAGAUGAAGGUGACCGCUGCACACGGAAAUAACCUGAAGUACCUCAGCCUGGUCACGCUCACGCUGCAGAAUGCAAUCCUCGGGCUUAGCAUGCGUUACGGUCGGACGCGACCGGGCGACAUGUUUCUCAGCUCGACCGCCGUCGUGAUGGCGGAAGUGGUGAAGCUGCUCACCAGCCUGUUGCUCGUGUAUCUGGAGGAGGGCAAGCAUCUUGGCCGGCUGCGGACCGCACUGCACCAAACCAUCGUCAAGCAACCGAUCGACACGCUCAAAAUAAGCGUACCGUCCCUGCUGUACAUCAUUCAGAACAAUCUGCUGUACGUGUCGGCCUCGCAUCUGGACGCUGCCACGUAUCAGGUCACCUAUCAGCUCAAGAUUCUGACCACGGCCGUGUUUGCGGUGCUGAUCCUGCGCCGCCGGCUACUACCCACCCAAUGGGCCGCACUCGUCUUUCUCGUGGUCGGCGUUGCCAGCGUGCAGCUCGCCCAAACGGGCGAGGAUGGCGGUACGGCAGCCACCCGCCAACAAUCAAUGCCGCCCGGCGAUGGACCGGCGCAGAACCGACUGCUCGGCUUCAGUGCGGCGCUCGGUGCCUGCUUCCUGUCCGGGCUGGCCGGCAUUUACUUCGAAAAGAUGCUGAAAGGUGCGGACAUCUCCAUCUGGAUGCGGAACAUCCAGCUGAGCCUGCUGUCCAUACCGUUCGGGCUGCUGACCUGUGCGGUGAACGAUGGUGCCCAGCUGGCGGCCAACGGGUUCUUCUUCGGCUACGACGGGUUUGUGCUGUAUCUGGUCGUACUGCAGGCGGUCGGUGGCUUGAUCGUUGCCGUAGUCGUCAAGUACGCGGACAACAUACUGAAGGGUUUUGCCACCUCGCUCGCAAUCAUCAUUUCGUGCGUGGCCUCGAUCUAUCUGUUCGAUUUUAGCCUUUCGCUGCAGUUUACCGUCGGUGCUGGGCUGGUCAUUGGGUCGAUUUUCCUGUACGGUUACGAUCCAUCGACCAAGGGAUCGAAACCGGUGUCGAGCGGUGGGCGCACCACUAGCAAAAGCCUUGCCGAGGCGGAGGAGCGACUGCUGGCCGAAAAGGUCUAG